GUUCAAUUUGUAAUAGCAACACUCGUUGCUUAGCAACUACUUGUUGUUGAUCAAUCUAACAAAAUGUCAAAUGCUUGUAAAAUCUCUUAUGUUUUGCGAUUUUCAUAGUUAAUUGUAAUGUUUGGCAUAUUUCGUAGGACAUAAAUGGGUGCAGAAUGGAUCUCUAUAAGCUGUUUAGUUAUAAUGUCGAAGUUCAAUACGUUAGUUGCCUAAUAUCCAAAGCAACGUUUUUUACUUUGACAACGACGUUACUAAAUCUCAUUUUACCUUUUAUAAUAGCUUAUAGAGGCCGAGGGUUUUGGUUACGGUCCCACAGUUUUAAUGAGCAACCAGAAAUACACUUUCCAUACGAGUAUCUACUCGUAGUGGAAACUGACGACCCCAGCAAACCUUUAGAAUGUGGUGACACUAACGGGAAGUAUGAACAUUUUCUGAAAAACGAAGAGAACUGUUUGGAGUUCCAAGUGCAAGAGUAUGAUUUAAAUGGUGAUCAGAAACCCGAUCUGUUGGAUUUCAAAUUUAUUCUUGAAAUUCCAGAAGGGAGGACCAUUAAAUCUAUUAUGAUAGUCUUUAUUUUAGACUUCCAGCUACAGUCUGUAUGUCCUCUACACAUGCAAAGUUUGGCUCUGGUUAACAAAGAGUUUGCUACACCACCUUCUGGGUUUAAAUACUUUGGUGAUCUGCAGUUUUACCAAAUAUCUCAUUUGCCCUGCAAACAAAACGUUAUACAUACUAAAUAUAACAAUUCUCUUUUUAAUUUCGAUAAAUCCAAUAAUGAAAAUGCAUUAGAUUACAUUCUGGAAAACUAUUUCGUAAGAGAAGUCACUACCCACACUAAAACACUGUUUUCAAGAAGCCAGAAUGGGCAUGCAGGUUUGAUGCAAAUUCAGAUUAGCCUCAGAGUGCCAGAAAUGGAAAUCAAAUAUCUUCCCAGUUUGAUGGAAGAACUGAAAUGGGCGUGGCCUCAAUAUCUUUCACUGGUUAUUAUCUUCUAUUGGAUAUUUGACAAAAUUAAAAGAUUUGUAUUCCAAAACCGUUUGGUAAUGGCCUGGGAAAUAACACCUUGGAAAAAACCACAAGGGGUAACAAGAAAGAAGUACUAGAUAAAUGAACUAGACAAUAAAAUUCUAGAAACUAAAUAGUAAAAAGCUAAUAAAUUGCAAAAAAUCUUUCAACAAUAAAGAAACACAUGGGAAUUUAUAUGUGAUUAGAAAAUUGCUGAAGGUAUAAUUUGCUAAGCCCAUUUGUCAAUUCUUAUUUGAGGUUGCAACAGCAUAUCUGCAGAAGCAACUGGUAAACUUUUACUGUGAGGAAGUGUUGUUCUGCAUCGUUUAUGUAAUGUUAUUGUCCAGAAUCUAGUCUGUUUUAUGCCAAAUGACAAAUUAUAUAGUGUAAUGUCCAUAUGACUUAACAAAUUAAAAGAUUUUUCUAUA